AUGGAGGUGCUGCUAGAAUUUUUAUCAAAAGGAGGUAAAAUGGCACAGAAAAGAAUAAGAUACAACAAAGAAACGAGGAAUGAUUUUCAGAAGGCACUAAGGAAAUUAAAGAAAAAAUCAUAUGAAGGGAUAAAUGAAAAAGGAAAAAGUGGAGACACAAUUUUGCAUCAAGCAGCAGGAAUAGCGAAUCAAAAGACGGUGAGGUUACUAAUAGAAAAAGGAGCAGAUGUAAAUGCCAAAAAUGAAAGAGAAGAAACACCGCUAUAUCGAGCAGCAUGUAUGAGGUAUACAAAAAAUGUAGAAGUACUAAUAGAAAAUGGAGCAAAUGUAAAUGAGGUAAAUCUUAUGGGAUAUACAGCGUUGCAUAUAGCAUGUACAAUGUCAGCAAAAGGAGUAGUAGAAGAAUUAUUGAAAGCCGGAGCAGAUACAGAAAUAAGGGAUGAACUAGGAGCAAAAGCAAUAGUUUAUGCAAACGAGGAAUUUAAAGCCCUAUUUGGCAAGAGAAUAGGAAUGCCCUCAAUACAAGAAACAACAGAACAUUUUACGGAAGCAUUUGUCCAAUUACUAAGACUAGAGCCGAAGUUGACAGGGAAGAUAACCGGCAUAAAAGAAAUGAAGGAUGGAAUAAAAAGGAAGGAAAAAGUAGUGAAGCACCUUUCAGGUAUAUUUAAUGACAAAAAGGAAAAGUAA